UGCAGUUUGUUAUAAGCUGCAGGUCUGUGCUCGGCCCCUGGGCGUUGCGCAGGCGGCGCGUGUAGCAGCCGGAGCCCGGGCCGCCGCCACCGCCGCCGCGUCACUGGGAUGUUUCCACCAGCAGGGGACGGAAGGUGGCCAGCGGAUCGCCCCAGCAAAACCCGGCGUUUCCGUCCUGCUCAACUCAACUCGCUGCUGCCUUGGAGGCGUCGCGGUGCUUUUGUCUGUGCCUCGCCUGGUUAUGGCCAGCUCGGCGCAGCAGCAACAACAGCAACAGCAACAGCAGCAACAACAACACAGCGUCUCCUUGUUCUUCGUCAAGGAGGAUCCGAAGGGAGGAGUUCAGUUUUCCAAUUCGCUGCGGAGUGAGCAGCCGCUGAAAUUGCUGGUGGAAGCAGAGGAAGAGGGAGCGGAAUUGCGGGUGAUUGACGGAAAUGGCGUUUGUGUGUUUAAAUGCUCCAUCAACCGGGAGACGGAAAGCUGCCGGGUGGGGAAACAGGCCUUCCUCAUUACCGUGGGAUGCAACAGUGUGUUACUUCAGUUUAACUCGCUUAAUGAAUUCUUUACGUUUCAUAACUCCUUAAAGGCCUUCAAAAACUCCAAUAAAGUUCCCUCAGCAUUCAGUCGACGAACAGAAGAUGCGUCUGCAGCACAGUACUUCCAGUUUUAUAGCAGCUUAUCACAACAGCAGAACAUGAUGCAGGAUUAUAUAAGAACUGCCACUUAUCAAAGGGCAAUACUCCAGAAUCACGUUGAUUUUAAGGAUAAGGUUGUUCUUGAUGUUGGUUGUGGCUCUGGAAUCCUUUCAUUUUUUGCCGUUCAAGCAGGAGCACGGAAGGUCUAUGCUGUGGAAGCCAGCACGAUGUCAAAAUAUGCAGAGAUUCUAGUGAAAAGUAACAAUCUUUCAGAACGGAUAAUGAUCCUGGAAGGGAAAAUUGAGGAAAUAACUAUUCCUGAGAAAGUGGACAUCAUUAUUUCAGAACCUAUGGGAUAUUUGUUAUUUCAUGAGAGGAUGCUCGAAAGCUACCUGCAUGCAAAAAAAUGGUUGAAGCCAAAUGGGAUGAUGUUUCCUACUUUUGGUGAUGUUCAUCUAGCUCCAUUUUCUGAUGAGCAGCUUUACAUGGAACACUACACGAGGGCAAAUUUCUGGUACCAGCAGUGUUUCCAUGGGAUUAAUCUGACAGGUCUUUGCAGGGCUGCUAUGGAUGAGUACUUCAGGCAGCCAAUUGUAGAUACCUUUGAUGUAGUCAUUCUGAUGGCACGGUCUGUCAAGUACACUGUGAAUUUUCUGGAAGCUAAAGAAGAUGAUUUGCAUCGAAUGGAGAUCCCCUUUACCUUCCGAAUUCUUCAAUCUGGGCAAGUCCAUGGCUUGGCAUUUUGGUUUGAUGUGGCAUUUGUUGGUUCACAAAAAACUAUUUGGCUGUCAACUUCUCCCACUGAACCUUUGACACACUGGUACCAGGUGCGCUGUCUCCUACAGACCCCGCUGUUUGCUAAAGAAGGCGAGACGUUCUCAGGGAAAGUUUUACUCGUGGCAAAUAAACGGCAAAGUUACGAUAUUCAUAUUAUGGCGAUGGUAGACCAGACAGGCUUCAAGUCUGGGAACCUACUGGACUUAAAGAAUCCUUUCUUCAGGUAA